AUGCCCGCCGCGUCAGCCAGGAGGGCCACACACUCUGAUUGGCUGAUCGGUUUCCACGACGACCGGGAACAGCUGCGCAGAAGCCCAGGAAACUCCGCAAGUUCCCGAGUCUGGACCGGCGGGUCUACUAUGGAAGCCGAGGAGGACCAAAAGAAGAAACGCAAAGCUAGUUCGACUGAGCAUAUUCUAAGCACUCUGGAAGGGCACUGGUGCCAUCACACGGGGACAAGGACAGUGUCCUGCCAGGUGCAGAACGGCUCCGAGACGGUGGUCCAGCGAGUCUACCAGAGCUGCCGGUGGCCUGGGCCCUGUGCCAACCUUGUGAGGACUCUCAUCAGACCGACCUACCGGGUUUCCUACCGCACGGUGACCGCGCUGGAGUGGAGGUGUUGCCCGGGAUUUACUGGCAGUAACUGUGACGAGGAAUGUAUGAAUUGUACCCGGCUUAGCGACAUGAGUGAGCGCCUGACUACGCUGGAGGCCAAGGUCCUCUUGCUGGAAGCAGCUGAGCAGUCUUCAGGCCCAGACAAUGACCUGCCACCCCCGCAGAGUACCCCACCAACCUGGAAUGAGGACUUCCUGCCAGAUGCCAUUCCCAUUGCUCAUCCAGGGCCCCGAAGGAGAAGACCCACAGGUCCAGCUGGACCUCCAGGACAGAUGGGACCACCAGGACCUGCAGGGCCCCCAGGCUCCAAAGGUGACCGGGGCCAGACAGGAGAAAAGGGCCCAGUGGGACCUCCAGGUAAGGAACCCUUGUCCCCUGGAUUGAAGAGAAUGGUUUACUUUGUACCUGAGCAAGGGGUGUCCAUCCGCACACAGGAUGGAGACACCCAGCUGAACCCUGCUGUGGUUGACACAGUGCUGACUGGUGUCCCAGGUCCCCGGGGUCCCCCUUGUCCCCCUGGUCCUCCAGGACCACAUGGUCCUCCAGGACCUCCAGGAGCACCUGGAUCCCAGGGACUGGUGGAUGAGCCGGUUGUGGCAAGGGCAUCUGGUGAGCCUGCUGUGAAGGGGGAAGGAGAGGACAAGGCCACCACCGCAGAGGGUGAGGGUGUGCAGCAGCUUCGAGAGGCCCUGAAGAUCCUGGCAGAGAGGGUCCUCAUCCUGGAACACAUGAUUGGGGUCCACGAUCCCCUAGCCUCCCCGGAAGGAGGCUCUGGGCAGGACGCGGCCCUGAGAGCCAAUCUGAAGAUGAAGAGGGGAGGCCCUCAAACUGAUGGCAUCCUGGCUGCCCUGCUGGGCCCUGACUCUGCACACAAGAGUGCAGACCAAGUUGGCAACGGGAAGUAGGAGUCCCUCUGCCCAGAACAAGCCCAGCCCGGGGCACAACAGCUGCUGCUGAAGACUCCUGAAGACGCCCCAUCAGUGGGACUGGGCAUCAGGCAGGGACGAUUGUAAAAGACAUUGGGAGCCUGGGGUCCUUGGGGACACAUUGUGCCUCCAAGGGGCAAAGCCCAGAGCAGACUAGCACCCCAACGGAACCCUUCUUUUGGCCUUGUCCCCUACCUCCCAUUCCCGGCUGGAGACGGGGUCUGGGUGGGCUCGUGGCAGGCGGGAGAAUAAUCACAAUUCUCGAUGGCCAAGCCCCUGCUACAUUAGGGGCCAGGACCAGCUAAGGUGCUUUCCCUAUAUUGUCUCAUUUAACCCUUAAAAGGUAGGUCUGUGAUCCCCAUCCCCACUCAGCCUGGGGACAGGUGUGUGGAUAUCCGUGUGUCGGGGGAGGAGGUGGGUUUGGUAUUCUAACCCAGCCUGAAACCAGUUGCUGAAAACAUGACUUACAAGUCUUGCUAGUUUCUUCCCCUCCCCAUGAGGUGUGUAGACCAGAGGACUCCAGAGGCAGCCAGGCUGCUGGAAGGCAGGGCCGCCUGAGAAGACAUAGGGUACUACAGGACUUUGGACCUGCCUCUGGUCUCUUCCUAGGGCUGGGAACAGGGAGAGCUUCCACAUGGGACUUGGGGACCAUGAGGUAGGGUCUUUGGGGAUGAGAGAAGCAAAGGCUUUUGAAUCUGAUUGGCAGUGCUCCCUACUGUCUCGCAGUCUUGCUGAGCCCACUGGCCCUCACCCGUUCUCCGCCAUGGAGAAGGAGGAAACAUUUAAUGGGACUAUCCAUCCAGACUGACUGUCACUGUCAGUCUUUUGUGGAAAUCUCUGGAUUUGAAGCUUUGGCUUUGAUGGGACAACCAAGUCCAUGUCCCCUUGACAGAGAAUCAAACUGCCUGUGUCUUAGGCUUGCUGGAGGCCAUGCCCCACACCUUGGGGCUGGGGUCCACAGCAGAGCUGAUCCACAGCUCUGAAGGCCUCUCUGGCUGGUGCUUAGCCUCUUAUGACCCGCCUGCCCUGGUGCCCCUCCCACCAGGCCACAACCCUUACACUCAAAGAGCAGAAAGGCCUGGUACCACCCUUGGGUGUGUCUCCCUGUCUGGCAGAGUGGCCAUCCCUAAAGCUUUUGGUGCUGACACAAGGCUGUGACCUUGUUCCCCUGGGCCCUGUUGACCGUUCCUGGCUGUCUUUACCACGAGGUGAUCUGAGACCUAUGAUGCUAUUUCAAAUAAAGGUGCUCUCCCCACUGUGCCCUUCUGUGACUUGGCAGCUGUCGGGGAGGCUGGACCUGCA